AUGCGUGACGUCAACCUUUCUGAUUGUAACGAUCGAUGGUUGUGGUUGCCGGAGGACUCCGGGGAAUUCUCGGUGAAAUCGGCUUUUGUGCUCGUUGGAUCUAAGGAGGUUGAUUCUAGCAGAUUCAUUUGGGAGUGGUGCAAGUGGAUUCCUCUUAAAUGCAACGUCUUCGCUUGGAGGGCGGUGAUGGAGAGAUUGCCUACGAAGGUGGAGCUUCGCAAACGAAAUAUUCAGGUCGGGGAAGUGACGUGCCCGUUGUGUGGGUCGGGGGAGGAAUCGGCCGAUCAUCUGUUCACGGCUUGUAGUUUUGCUACGGCUAUCUGGUCAAAGAUUAGUUCUUGGUGCAAGGUUCCGUUUAUUAUGGCUUUUUCAUUCAAAGAUGUGUUGGUGGCUCAUCGCUUCUGUGGGUUGAAGGGUAAGCUUUCUUUGGCUUACCAAGGAAUUGUGUUAACCUCGUGUUGGUUAAUAUGGAAAGCUAGAAAUGAUUGUGUGUUCAACGGGAAAUCUCCGAAAGUGGAAGAGAUCGAAAUGUAUAGAUAUGUCUUGGGUAGAGUGGUGUAA